AUGGAUCUAUCUAAUAUUGUCGUUGUUGAUGCUCUUGGAGGCUUGAAUCGUCUUGACGAUUCAACAAAAUCAAAUGAUGGCUUACCAAAUAAAAAUGAAGAGAAUCUUCCACCAAUUGAUGAAACUGUUCCCAUGUUUACAAAAACUAAAUUACUUUCUUUCAAUGACUUAAUAAGAUUCCUGUUUUUACUUUACAUGUUUCUAUCAAUCAAACUGGUUCCAUCACCACAUCACCAUGUACCACAAUUAGAAAUGAACAAUUACGAACAGCAGCCUCUCACGCGUACUUUGCCCAACCUAACAUCUCAACUUUGUAUAUUGAUAGAUAUUGAUUCAACACCAUUACAAAAAAACGCAGUGUUAGAUACGACAGCUCCACAUUCAAUAGCACAACAGCAACAAUAUUGUUCACUACCAAUAAAAACACAAAAUAAAAAUAAAAUUGCACGCACACAAUCACAUGUACCACAACAACAAGAUCUAACACCAGCAGCAUCUUCCAUAACACUUGACCGUGCGUUGGUCGUUGGUAAGCAUUUACUGUUUAUUUGA